AUGGACAAGACCGACGUGAGUCACGUUGAGAUAGCACAAGAUCCUCGUCGGGACUUAGACCAUGUCGGUCAAGUCGAGCUCUUAAAGGACAACAAGGUGAUCUUAAUACCGGCCCCGUCUGCGGAUCCCAAAGGUAUCUUCUCGUUGUCAAGUUGGGUUCGAUCACUAACACGUUUAGAUCCUCUAAACCUUCCACCUUGGAGAAAGUGGAUGUUGCUCAUUCUGGUCUCGGCAUAUAGCUGUACAGCCGUUGUCCUUGCCUCUGGAAUGGGCCCCAUAUUCUCCGUGGUAGUGCAAAGCUACCCUAGCCAGGAGUCAAAGGCAAAUGACUUGAUGACAUAUCCGACCCUCUUCAUGGGUCUCGGCAAUUUUAUCGCUAUGCCAUGGGCAUACACAGCAGGUCGUCGACCUAUAUUCCUCGCAUCGAUGCUGCUCCUCAUUGGGGCCGGGGUCUGGUGCCAGUGUUCACAAAGCCUAGGGAGCCACAUUGCGGGCCGCAAUAUUAUGUCUCUUGCGGCCGGGCAAAGCGAAGCUCUGUCUCCCAUGAUUGUUCAAGAGAUUCACUUCCUUCAUGAAAGAGGACGGAAGAUCGCAUGGUUUAUCUUCAUUCAAAACAUUGCUGCUGGAAUAUUUUUCGUUGUUUCAACCUACAUGGUUUCCGCCUGGGGUUGGAAAUGGUGGUAUGGCUUCUUCACAAUUAUGAAUGCCGUCAUAUUUGUUCUGUCAGUCAUAUUUGUAACAGAGUCUCAAUUUGACCGACCUGAAGAGGCAACCAUGGGACAAGCACCUUUGGACCCCAAAGUUAUCGAUGCUAUGGAGAAUGCCACCGUCAGCGCCCAUGGAACUAUUCUUGAUGUUGCGCAGUAUGGGCCUCGCCGUUGGAAAGACGACCUCAAACCCUGCGUUUUGAAACCACGCUUGAGUGAUAUCCCUGUGUUCUAUAAGCAGAUCUUGCAGGGUCUCUGCAUCCCAACGGUUUUCUGGCUCUUACUGCUCAAUGGUGCCCAUCUUGGUGUCUAUGUUUUCCAAUCAUCGACAUUUUCAACUAUCCUCAUGAGUCCACCAUACAGCUUUGCUUUCACAUCGCUGGGGUACGUCCAAGCCGGCCAAAUCGUUAGCUGUCUCAUCUUCCUUCCUCUUCUAGGGUAUGGUGGCGACUUGACCAUUCGGGCCCUAAGCCGCCGCAACAACGGUUUAUAUCAGCCCGAAUAUCGACUCUUGAUGAUGGCAAUCCCAGCUGUGAUUGGGACUGUUUGUGGCAUCAUUUAUGGGCAGGCGGCCGCCUAUCCUGAUAGGUGGAACGUGAGUGCAAUCGUCAUCGCGUACAAUGCUAGCUUUUUGGCAUUCUUGGGAGCAAAUAUUGUCGGCAUCACAUAUGCCGUGGAUAGCUUUCCACGACAAGCGGCACCUUUCUUGGUCGUCAUUUGCGCAGGCCGUGGGCUGAUUUCCUUCGGGUUGAGUUAUGCCACUCUGCCAGCUGUUCACACCCUUGGGUAUGAUCGGACCAUGAUUGUUGAGACCGUAAUCUGUGCUGUUUUGGCGCUCAUUGCGAUCCCGGUAUUUUUCUUUGGAUUGAGGAUGCGGAACUAUACCCAAGCCUGGUGUACAGGGCCAUCAAGCGAGGACGGAGGACCAGUGAGUAAACAAUAG